AUGGCCAUUCUACCCCGCUCGUCUUACUACGACAAGCAUUACCGCCCAGCAGCUUCCUUAAUUCGUGCUCGCCAACCCUACCUGAUCCGCAACAUGGUCACUGGUCUUGCUCUUUGCGCUUUCACUAUUGGUGUUUACUCGUGGACAAUCAACGCUGUAGCUCAAGACGACUUCUCCGACGUACCAAUUCCGGACGCCCCAGCACAGUCGCCACAUUCACCGCAUACUGGGCUUGAGAAAUCCGUCAGUGCCGCUGCAUUGGACGAGCAGAAAGAGAAGAGGUUGAAGUCAUGA